AUGCCUCCACACAAAAGAUCCAAAAACGGAUCUACUUCCUAUUCGGCAACUAAAAAACACCGGCCAAAUCUGGGAAGACAGCAAUUGCGAACCGUUAAACGAACCGCUCGCAGAGACAUCCCGCAUGAAGAACCCGAAGUACAAGAACCAUCUGAGGAAGAAGAAGAAUUGGAGCAGCUGGAGGAGCCUAAAAGCUCAAAACAUUUCGAGGAUGGAAAGGCAUACGAUGCACUUUUAACUCUUUUGAACGCCGACCACAAGCAGAUCAUGACCACCAGCAAGUCCUCAGGGUCCAAAGUGACUGAAGACGAAGACAUUGCUGGACUCAACGUGGAUGAAGCUGAAGAGAACGACGAGGAGAGCGCAGACGAGAGCGAAGUAGAAGAAGAAGUGGAGGAAAACGAGAACAUCCUCAAUAAAGAUCCCUUCGAACUGCAUUUCAACCUUAUCAGUGAAGACUUUGUCGAGUCGAAAGCCAAGGCUAUUGGUGAAAAACAGAAAUGGCCCACCUCUGGCAAAGAGAGAAUCGAAAAGCUGGCAUAUUUCUGCACUUCUCAAACUGCUCCUGGCCCAAAGUUCGAAGGUGGUGUGGUUUCUACCUCUAACCAGUUCGAAGACUACACUUCCAUCAAGAAAAGAGUAUACGAAACGUACUUGAAUAACUAUGGGUCGAAAUUGUCACCUUUAGACCAAAGCUUGCUACAAAAUCUUCUCUCGUAUAAGGAUAUCAACUACCCUACGAGAACUUACAAGAAUACUUCGUACAGAAAACUCUACAUCACGCAUGUUCUCAAUCACAUCUUUAAGACUAGAGACAGGGUGUUGAAAAACAAUGACAAACUUCACAACUACCAAAGUGACCUCAAGAGUGGAAAGUUAAAGCCAGGAAGCCAGGAACCAGAGCUCAGAGACCAGGGCUUCACCAGACCUAAGGUGUUGAUUUUGCUUCCAACAAGGAAUGCAGCAUAUGAGGUGGUUGAGCAGAUGAUCAAGUUGUCAGGAUCCGACCAACAGGAGAACAGAAAGAAGUUCAAGGCACAAUUCUACGAGGAGGGACAGCCCCCAGAGACCAAGCCGGAUGAUUUCAGGCACAUUUUUAAGGGUAAUUCCAAUGAUUUCUUCAGCAUUGGUCUCAAGUUCACGAGAAAGUCAAUUAAGUUGUACUCUUCCUUCUAUAGCUCGGAUGUAUUGAUUGCUUCGCCUAUUGGAUUGUCGAUGAUUCUUGAAGACCCCAAGCAAUCAAAAAGACAAUACGAUUUCUUGUCGUCCAUUGAAGUCAUGGUAAUCGAUAAUGCCAAUCAGAUUGAAAUGCAGAACUGGGACCACGUUGGAACCGUGCUCAAAUAUGUCAACAAGAUCCCUAAAGACUUCCAUGGAGCAGAUUUCUCGAGAAUCAGAAUGUGGGCAAUCAACGACCAUGCUCGUCUUCUCAGACAAACUUUGGUGUUCAGCGAGUUCCUAACUCCCAGUGUCAACAGCAUCGUGUCCAAGUCUCAGAACAUUGCAGGCAAGGUGCGUUACAGACCAGAGAUAUCUUCCCAUACAUGUAUCAUGAACUCCAUUGGUUUGAAAAUCAAGCAGAUCUUCCAAAGAUUCGAGUCACCAGACCCUCAAUCAACAUAUGAGGCAAGAUUCAAAUUCUUUGUCAACUCUGUGUUGCCAUCGAUCACGAAGCAGACAUCUUACGAAGAUGGACUUCUUAUCUUCAUUCCAUCAUACUUUGACUAUGUUCGUGUUAAGACAUACAUGAAGAACAACACGAAGUUUGAUUUCGGUACUAUUGAUGAGUACUCUUCUCAGUCCAAAGUGUCCAGAGCUCGUCAGGGCUUCCUGACUGGAAAGAUCAAGAUGUUGUUGUAUACCGAGAGAAUCCAUCAUUUCCGCAGAUUCGAGCUUUCCGGAGUGAAAAACGUCUUGAUUUACGAACCUCCUUCCAAUCCGUUGUUCUACAAGGAGCUUCUUCGUUUUGUCGGCAAGUCGGUGUUCAAGUCCGAGGCAGACAUCGAUUUAUCAUUUGUGAAGACAAUCUACUCGAAGUGGGAUGCAGUUACUCUUGAAAGAAUCGUAGGAAAUGAGAGAGCUCCUGUUCUUUGCAAUUCUGUCAACGAGAUGUACGAAUUCAGAUGA